UGUAAAAGGCAGACGUUCCCUGCCCGUUACAUCACGAGCGCUCGUGAGAGGGAGACACCGGCGUGAGAAGCGUUAAUGGCAAACAAGAGCAAUCACGUAGUGAACCGCGCUGAAUGAGAUGCGAGGAAGAUUGUGAUAACAAACACGUCCCUCUAGGCACCAUCCACACCUCCAUCCUCUCUCUCCCGCUCACUCUCCGCACGUUCAUCUCGCCUCUGACUUUCUCCAAACAUCGACCCAAUGAAGGAGCCCGAUGCCAUCAAACUCUUCAUCGGGCAGAUCCCACGCAAUCUGGACGAGAAGGAACUCAAGCCCAUCUUCGAGCAGUUCGGCAGGAUCUACGAGCUGACUGUGAUCAAGGACAAGUACACAGGCGUGCACAAAGGAUGUGCCUUUCUGACGUAUUGUGCUCGAGAGUCAGCCGUUAAAGCACAAAGUGCUCUUCAUGAACAGAAAACCCUGCCAGGGAUGAAUCGGCCCAUUCAAGUGAAGCCUGCAGAGAGUGAGGGGAGAGGAGAGGACAGAAAGCUGUUUGUGGGGAUGUUGGGAAAGCAGCAGUCUGAUGAGGACGUGAGGAAGAUGUUUGAGCCGUUUGGGAGCAUUGAUGAGUGUACGGUACUGAGAGGACCUGAAGGCACCAGCAAAGGUUGUGCGUUUGUGAAGUUCCAGAAUCACUCAGAGGCCCAGUCUGCCAUUAACAGUCUGCAUGGGAGCCGGACUCUUCCCGGUGCCUCCUCCAGUCUGGUGGUGAAGUUUGCAGACACAGAGAAGGAGCGUGGGAUGCGGCGCAUGCAGCAGGUGGCCUCGCAGCUCAGCAUCUUCAGUCCGGUGACACUCAACUUUAAUGCAUAUAAUGCCUACACACAAGCAGUGCUUCAGCAGCAGGCGCUGGCCGCACAGUCAUCAUACCUGUCACCUGUGUCUACCGUAGCGGCGCUGCAGAUGCAGCAGAUGGCAGCACUCAGUGCUAACAGCAUCGUAGCCGCACCCAUCACCCCCUCGUCAGGCACAAACACUCCGCCCACUAUUGCAGCCACUCCCGUCUCAGCUCUGCCUCCACCAAUCGGAGUGAACGGCUAUAGCCCCAUACCGGCAAACACCAAUGGACUGCCAGCUUCAGAAAUCUACACCAACGGUGUUCAUCCAUAUCAAGCCCAGAGUCCAGCGGCGGCGGCAGCGUUAGAUCCGCUCCAGCAGGCGUGCAGCACUAUACAGGUGACUGAGCUGCUGCAGUCUGCCUAUCCGGCCGCAUAUGGACUGGUCAGCCAGCCGUAUAUACAGCAGCCCGCCCUGGUUUCCCAGCAACAGCUGCAGCAACAGAGAGAAGGUCCUGAGGGGUGUAACAUCUUCAUUUACCAUUUGCCUCAGGAGUUCACUGACUCAGAAAUGCUCCAGAUGUUUCUGCCGUUCGGUAAUGUCAUUUCUGCAAAAGUCUUUGUGGAUCGAGCCACCAAUCAAAGCAAGUGCUUCGGCUUUGUGAGCUUUGAUAACCCAGCGAGCGCUCAGACGGCCAUCCAGGCCAUGAACGGAUUUCAGAUCGGCAUGAAGAGACUCAAAGUGCAGCUGAAAAGACCAAAAGAUGCCAACAGACCCUACUGAGACCCAGACAGGAUGGAGAUUGUUGAAGUGGACUCCAGACGCUGAGCUGCACAGCUGAAUUGUUAACGUGAGAUGUUUGUUAUCUUGCACACUCACACGUGUGCGUAUAUGCAAAGGACAAAUAAAAGAUCAUGUACAUAAAUCACAUGCAUUCAAACACACAUGCACACAAAGUUAUGGAAGAUGUCAAUGGUAUUAACACACACACACACACACACACACACAUGCUACUUCUUAUGGACUUUCUUAGAACUACAAAUGUAUAAAACUAUAAUUUUUCAUACAAAAUGUAAAAAAAAAAUACAAAUAAAA